ACUCUACACUUCCGGAUAGCGCAGCUAACGUUAGCGGUCUAGACUAACUGAGAAAACUUGGGACUAUGACAGUAGUAGAAUAGCUGUCUGACCUGCCUGAAAAUGAGGAGUAUACUGAUAAUUGCCUUUCUGGCUCCUUGUUGGGUCAACGGUGCUAUUAAGUCAAGAGUUACUACUGAGGAGAGUCACGAAGAAAACCCUGAGUUCGAUGCCCUGAACUCCGUCCUGUCAGACUUUGAGGUGCUGCCAUUGGCAGACCUCAAGCUGCACUCUGUUAGGAAGAGGGACGUCCACACCCAGUCCCACCUGGAGCGCCUGGUCAGCUUCAGUGCACUGCACAGGCAUUUCAAGCUUUACUUGACCACCAACACAGACCUUUUCACUGACAACUUCAAAGCUGUGUUUCUUGAUAAACAUGGGAGAGAGGAGAACUAUGAUAUUCAGCUUCAAAACUAUUUCACUGGACAUGUUGUCGGAGAGGAGAAUUCACGCGUGCAGGCUCACAUAGAUGGAGAUGAGUUUUCUGCUCACAUUCUAACUGAUGAAGCAGAGUACAACGUAGAGCCCCUGUGGAGGUUUACCGAUUCCCCAGCUGAUGGCAGGUUGCUGGUUUAUCGCUCCGACGACAUCAAGAAUCUGAGUCGCAUCGUCUCACCAAAAGUGUGCGGUUACGUCCACGCAGAGGACAUGGACCUGCUACCACAAACUGCCAGGAUGGACUGGGACGGGCAGGAGGUGGACCAGAAAAAGGAGUACCAUCACAGAGAGAAAAGAUAUGUCCACGACCACAAGAAGAAUACCUGCCCCCUGCUGCUGGUUGCUGAUUACCGGUUCUUUAAACACAUGGGCCGCGGACAAGAGAGCGUUACUCUCAACUACCUGAUUGAGCUGAUUGAUCGAGUUGAUGACAUUUAUAGGAACACAACCUGGGAUGAUGAAUUCAAAGGCUAUGGGGUUCAGAUCCAUCAGAUCAUCAUCAACAAGGAGCCUACAAGGCGUCCCCCUGAACUUGCUGGCACCAACUGGGUCCACUAUAACAUGGAGGACAGCCCUGUGAAAGGAAAAGAGGUCUGGGAUGUGAAGAGACUUCUGGAGCAAUUCAGCUCAGACAUCGCCGGCAACGCCUCCACUGUGUGUCUGGCCCACCUAUUCACCUACCAGGAUUUUGAUGAGGGCACACUGGGGCUGGCGUACGUGGCUCCCUCCAAAGCUCAGGCUCUGGGCGGCCUCUGCCCCAAACCUUACUACCCAUAUCACUCUGCCAAGAAGCCCAGUUACCUCAACACAGGCUUGACCAGCACCAAGAACUAUGGCAAAACCAUCCUCACAAAGGAAGCAGAUUUGGUGACCACUCAUGAGCUGGGGCAUAACUUUGGAGCCGAGCACGACCCUGACAACAUCCCUUAUUGUGCUCCAAGUGACGACCAAGGGGGGAAGUUUGUCAUGUACCCCAUUGCUGUGAGCGGAGACCAUAUUAACAACAAGCGUUUCUCCAACUGCAGCAAGAUCUCCAUAGGAAAGACAUUACGUUCCAAGGCUCCAGUGUGCUUCAAGGAGAGAAACAGUAAGGUAUGUGGGAACUCCAGAGUGGAGGACGGGGAAGAGUGCGACCCUGGGCUACUCCACCUCAACGAUGACCUCUGCUGCUCAUCUGACUGCAAGUUCAAAUCUGGUGCACAGUGCAGUGACAGAAACAGCCCUUGCUGUAGAAACUGCAAGUUUGAGCACGCAGGAGUCAGGUGUCAGGAACCCAUUAGUGCUACCUGUAAAGGCAUAUCUUCCUGCACAGGCAACAGCAGUGUAUGUCCACCUCCUGCGAAUGCAGCUGACGACACUAUAUGCGUGGACAACGGCCGGUGUCUCAAAGGAGAGUGCAACCCUUUCUGUGAGGCCAUGCAGAACCUUCAAUCCUGUGCCUGCAAUGAAACCGAGGACUCCUGUAAAGUGUGCUGCAGAAAAGAUGGCACCUGCUCUCCCUUCAUCCAGGCCAAUGGCAGCUUCCUUUUCCUUCGCAAAGGAAAACCGUGCACUGUGGGCUUCUGUGAUGAGGGCGGAAAGUGCAUGAAGCAGGUGCAGGAUGUGAUCGAGAGGUUGUGGGAUUUUAUUGACAAACUGGACAUUAACACAUUUGGGAAGUUCUUGGCUGAUAACAUAGUGGGCUCAGUCGUGGUGUUUUCCCUCGUCUUCUGGAUUCCUCUCAGUAUCCUGGUUCACUGUGUGGACAAACGACUUGACCAGCAGUAUGAGGAGAAUACAAAGUCCUUCUACUACCCUCCAAGUCAGAUGGUGGAAAUUUGUAGUAGAGCUCCCGCCAUAGAGUCAAGAAAUGCUGAGCAACCUCGAGUCAGCGUCCGUGCGCAUCGUCAAGCCUCCUCAGCCUCCCUUCUCCUUCGCCGGCCGGACCGCGCCCUCCUCCCUGCCCCCGCAGCCUCAUCAGCUGAGCCAGGUCGGGGGCACUUCUGCAUCCAGCAGCAGCAGCAGCAGCAGCAACAGCAGUACCCCGGCCCCUGGCCCGAGCUACGGCCCCACCCCGGACAGCGCAGGGGGGCUGCGGAUGGCCACCAUCCAGGAGGACACCAGCAGCGACUCUCACCUGGGAGAGGAGGGCCUGUCGGACGAUUUCACAACCGCCGGAGCCUGCUCGUCGGCUACGAAAUCCUCCUACGAGGAUCUGACAGAACAGAACCCACCAGCCAGGGACCGGCGGCGCCUCAAGAGGCAGGACUGCAUUGACACUAAAGAGACCGAGUGCUGAGAGUAAACAACCAGCACCAACAUGUACAUGCAUCCUGGUAUUUGUUUUACGGAACAUGCUAAUAUAAGCAGCAUUAUUGGCUUUUUUCUUAUCACAAGUCACAGACAGCAACUGUUUAGAGGCAAUAGCAUACAAAUUUUGUAGGUCAGAUUUGGUGUUUAACAGAGCCACGGACAACAUUUCAGGAUUUCAGGCAACACUAGAUGUGGAUAUUACUCGGUCAGCUGUAACUUGGAUUUAAUCACUAUAAAUAAUGCAUGAGUAGUCUCAAACCCCCAUGACUGCAGAAAAAUAGUUACUGAGUGAUUUCACGUUUUUGUGUGCCUGCAUGAAAUGAUGCUGUGCCUUUUUUAGUUGGGUAGAUGAUAUCCUUGUCCAGAUGAUGCCUGAAAAAUCUCAGAGAAUCUGUGGAAAUAAUUCCACCGUGGGCCGGUUCCUCAAACACAUCCUAGGGCUCACUUAUCUUUAUGUGAUAACCCAGCGGCUAAAUGGGUUUCUGAUUAUGUACAUUUUUUUUUUCCAAGAACAAAAUUAUCACAUUGAUUCCAAGGCUGUAUCUGCUGUGUUGCCAGUGUGCCCUGUUUAACUGAAGUGAGCUUUGAUUGUGGACCAUAAGGAAGAAAAAAAAAAAGCAGUGUCAGCAAAAGUAUGUCAUUGUCAACCUUGUCUUUUGACCAGUACAUGCUUGUGCACCAUGUAUUGUCUUGCAGUGCAACCUCACAGGUUUGCUCUAAGGAAACAUUUCAGUUUGAUAUGUUUAAGCAGGUGGACACUGAACUGACUGAUUUAUCAUGAAUCUGUGUCAUAAUGGCACUUGAAGUAUUCUUCAUAUCACCAGAGAGUUGAAUUAAGUUUUAUACGUGUAAAAUGUAAAAUAUACUGGGCUGUGUCAUUAAUGGUUUCUUUUACUGUGCAAGUGAUGGAGUGGUAGUCUCUUCAGCAUUACACUUAUUCUAUUAGACCAACUGGUGAAACUUGGAGAGAACAUUAGUGUUGGUUAUUUAUUUGUUGUGUAUUUUUUCUGCGUGGUUGGUCCCUGUAUAAAAACAACAUGGUGCCUUUUCAGAUGUUGUGCCUGACUGUUCUGACCUAUUUCUGUGCAAAAAGACAAGAAUAUUCCCUGAAGAUGAACAUGAAUCCGAACAAUCCUGAUUUUAAUUUUUAAAAGAAACUGCCCGAGGUGCUCUAAUGUUAUUUUUCCACUUAGUUUUUUGUCCUUGUGCCAAUGUGAGUUAUAGUACCUCUUUCUCUUAUUUAAUGCUGUCUAACCACUGUUGCCUGUUUUGUCACAUUAAAUUUGUUAAAUAACUAUUUAACUGUACGUCAGUAAAAAGAAGACUGUGUUGCUAACAUGGGCUCAACUUGAUGGAUGUGAACUGUUACACAAUGAGCAGAUGUUCUGUGCCCUGUGUUCUAAUGAUGUGUAUAUUCUCAUUGUUUCUUUGCUUUUAAAUAUUCACCCAUAUGUUCACUUUUUUAAGUUUCUUGCUUGCAUUACCUAUGCACAUCUCAAAAUAAAAAUCUUUAUUAUG